AUUUUAAAAGCCACAUUGAACUAUAUGAAUACUGAUGUUUCUGAAUUGCCAAUGGUAAAUUUUGCCAUUUAAAUGGAUUUUUGACUUGUUUUAAUAAUACCCUGUUAUUUUACUGAAAUUAUAGUCAUAAAAAUAAUGAAUGCUAAAGACAUCUGGCAGUCCUCAGAUGCAGUGUGUUUUGAUGUGGACAGCACAGUGUGUACUGGCGAGGGAAUUGACGAUUUGGCAGAGUUUUGUGGAGUGGGAAAAGAAGUUUCCGAUUUAACUGAGAAAGCAAUGAGCAAUGGAAUUUCAUUUCGUGAAACGCUUCGUAAAAGAUUAGAGUUAAUCAAGCCAUCCAAGCAAAAGGUUGAUGAAUUUGUACGAACGCAACCUUCGAAGCUGACGAGCGGUACUAAAGAGUUGAUCGACAAGCUGCGUAGUUUAAAUAAAGAUGUAUAUUUGGUAUCAGGUGGUUUUUAUUCCAUCAUAAAACCUAUUGCAGAUGAGCUUCAUAUACAAGAGGAUCAUAUUUUUACCAAUAGAUUAAUAUUUGCAGAAGAUGGUUCAUAUUGCGGAUUUGAUGAGUCUCAGCCCACCUCAUCUUCUGGUGGGAAGAAAAUAGUCGCACAAAAACUUAAAUCUAAUGGGAAAUAUAAAAAAAAUGUGUGGUUUGGUAUGGGCUGCGGUCUGUCUUGGUGGUAACGAAAAGUUGAAAGGGGCGCGAAUAGUAUCAAAAUCAAAGCCACCACAAAUAGCGCGCUAUAUUGACCAAAAACGUUUUUGUUUAUGUAUUUUUUUGCGUAUAGCAGCGUUUUUUUGUUGUUUUCUUAUUAUGGUGUAGCUUUACAUAGUAUACCCAAAAUAAUGAAACCAGUAGAUAUAUAUUCUAUUCGAAUUUCGAGAAGUCUCGCAUCAAAUAAGGGUGUUCAUUAUCUUGAAAUGAUUUUUGAUUUACUGUAUGUUAACAAUGUUAUAAUAUUCGAAAUUGGCUCGAGUUGUGUGCUCUCCAGCCAUAUCUCAGUUAUCGAAAAAUAGUCAACUUUUAAUAUGAUUCAAUUUAUCAUCAUCUCUUUCUUUAAGUCUGUGGUUUAAUAUUUCAUACCAAUUUUAUCAUUAUAUAUUUUAUAUUUUAAUAAAUACAUUUUAAUUAUUUUUUUUUCAAACCGCUUCAGUUCUUGUUGUUUUUAUAUGAGACAUUAGAAAUUCGAUUGGCAAUAUUUAUGUUAAAACUUGGACAUCCAUGUCUAUGUGUUCAAAUUAAAACAACAUUUUACGAUGUUUCGGGUGUCAUAUACCCAUUUUCAAGUGUCAUGCACCCAUUUUCAUGUAAAAUAAAAAUUAUACAACAUGUCUAUAUAAACAAGAACGUUACCAUAGAUACAAGAUUUAUAAACAUAAUACAAUAUUAAGUAUAAAGUAUGUGUACAAUACGAAUGUGUGAUCAAACCGGACGGUUUUCUUGUUUUGUUUAGUUCGGUAGCUAUAAUGUAUUACAUCCUAGCCAACUUUAUUUUUUUGUGUUAUCUUUACCAAGCUGAUUUUUAACUCCAUAUUUUAAGGAAAAACGACAAUGCCGUCGCAAGUUGGUGCAGUACUUUCAAGAUUUUUGUAAAAUUUUACGUCACGCACCAUCUUUGUUGUUAUUAACGUUUCUCCUUAAUAGUCACGUAUUCUUUUCUGUAUAGUUUUACAAGCACGAAACACUGAAGCUGUAUUUGGUCUCAACUCCCAAUCUUUGAAUGUUGGUAUUUAAUCUGUUUAAUUCCCAUGAUACUUAAGAUGGCAGUGUACUUUGAUGGGAUUAAUUUUUGCGGGGAUUAAAUUUCGCGAGCUCGAAAAUUUGCGAAAUGUACGGGAUUAAUUUUCGCGAAUGAGCUAUUUUUGAAUAUUUUGCGAGGACUUAAUUUCGCGAAGAGUACCUUUUCAAAAAAUUCGCGAGGACUUAGUUUUGCGAAUGAAUGAAAUUAAGAAGAAUUUUUUUAAUUGAUGUAACAUCUUUAUUCACCUCACCAUAUACAAAGAAACGAAAAACUAUCAAUCGCCGUCCUCGUCAAUAAUAAAGCCAUCAAAUGCAUUUCGUUCCAUUUCUUCCCAUUCCCAUUCAGAGUCUGAAUCGUCAUCGUCAUCAUUUGUUUUUUUUGAAUAUCGUAUACCUAAUUCUUCUUCACUCAAAGUGGUUAUUCCUCUCA